AUGUCAAUUGUCACAACUUUAGGAAUGUUUAUAAUUGAUGAAAAUCAAUAUUUAGAUGAUAAUUCAAAAUCACCAGAUCUAAAUAUAACAGGAGGAGCUGGUACUUAUUGCGUAAUAGGAAGUAGAAUAAUAUCACCAUGUUCUAUAUCACAUUUAAUAUCAGGCAUAGUUGACAAAGGUUCAGAUUUUCCAAGUACCAUAGUAGAAGAAUUGAAUUCAUGGCAAACAGGAAUAAUUUAUAGAGUUGAUGAUUCAAGAUUGACGACUCGUGGAUGUAACAUCUAUAAAGAUGGAAUUAGAUCGUUCACGUACGUAAGCCCUAAAUUACGACUCGAAGUGGAUGAUAUUUUAAAAUAUGACAAUUUGAAAACGAGCAAAACCUAUCAUUUGAUAUGUAGUAUUGAGCGAUGUGAAUCAAUAAUUAAUAAGAUAUUAUUAUUUAAUCCUGGUGCUAUAUUUAUAUAUGAACCAUUACCUGAUGAUUGUAAAUUUGAAAAUUUAGAGAAAUUGAAAAAACUACUACCGUUGAUUGAAAUAUUUAGUCCAAAUUUAGAUGAAGCUAUAGAAUUAACAAAUAAGAAUGAGUUAGGCGAGAUUAGUGAAGAAUUUAGAAAGUAUUUGAAAAUUAAAGGUUCUGGAGUUAUUAUACGAUGUGGUAAAGAUGGAUGUUAUAUAAAAACUAAAACUGGUGAUAAAUUUAGUCUACCUGCUUAUCAUCAAGAUCAAAAGCAUGUAAUUGAUGUUACUGGUGGUGGUAAUUCAUUUUGUGGUGGAUUUAUAAUGGGAUAUUAUUUAAGUAAUAGAAAUUGGUUAGUAGGUGGAAUUUGUGGUAAUAUUGCUAGUGGUUGUAUUAUUGAAAAGUUAGGUAUGCCAAAAGUAGAAGAAAACAAGUUCAAUGGAUUAUCAUUCAAACAGAGAUUGAAUAAAUAUCUUGAUGAUAAUAAAGAGAUUGACGAAAAAAUUGAAAUAAAGAAAGAUUUUAGUUGGAUUGAAGAAGAAUAA